UGGUCUCGUAGGGGCGGCAGAGGUCGUACAGACAGGUUUGUUUUCCCCUGGAGGAGAAAUGCUAAUUAUUGUUUAUCUCUCUGGAUUACGACAACCUCGCGAGAUUUCAAACGGGGGGCUGUUGAUCCUCUGUGUUCGAGCCAUCGCCCUGCCCACCCUAGAUGGACUGAGUGGCACCUAGGCUCCUCAUUAUGGCGAGGUGCAGGAGGUAGGACAUGUCACACGGCUCUUUGACGCACGGCGAGGCUGGCGCCACAAACUCACUUUUAGACCAGAUCCGCAAAGGCAGCGUCUGCUGAUUCUGUUUUGCUCCCGCAAUGCCGACAAGGCCGUUGAAGUUUAGAAAGGGAUCUGAGCGCAGUAGACCCGGAGCUCCGGGGACAGGAGGGCUGAUUUUGGAGAGCAUCGCCUCGGCUCGGCUGAACCUCUGGAGGAAGGAGAAGCUCUCAGCAGAUCCCCAUCGACGGAACGGACCAUAGUGGAUUUACUACGCGCUCUGCGGUCUCCUCCCUAGUUCAUCUACUGGAGAACUCUGCUCCAUGUGUUUUCUGGGUCGGUAUGCAUACAUCUGGAUAUUUAUUUUGUUAGGCGGAAGGAGUCGUUCGGAAAUUGGAUUAAGACGAUCGAAUUACGCAGGGGGAACUCGCCUCACCAAUGAGCGCUUCCAGGCGGUCUGACUCCAUCCAUUCAUCGACCCCGUCCCGUCCCUUGCGUCCCGCCGCCCUACCGUCCCGUCACUUCUCUGGGAGGACAUAGAGAAGCGUUUCCACCAGCUUUGUGCGUGUGUGCGGUAAGGAGGAGCGCGCCGGGAUGCGGGGCGCUGUCCCCAUGUCCGUCUCCACGGCGGUGACCCUGCUGCUGGUGGUCCUGGACGUGCAGGCCAGCGGGGAGUACUGCCACGGCUGGCACGACGCGCAGGGCGCCUGGAGGGACGGCUUCCAGUGCCCCGAGAAGAUCGACACCGAGGACGCCAUCAUCUGCUGCGGGAAGUGCGAGCUGCGCUACUGCUGCGCGAGCACGGAAGCGCGGCUGGACCAGGGCACGUGCGACAACGACCGGCCGGAGCCGGAGCCCGGCGGCGGGGGCGCGGAAAGGAGCGACGGCGGGGCAGUGCCCAUCUACGUGCCCUUCCUCAUCGUUGGCUCUGUGUUCGUGGCCUUUGUGCUGGUGGGCUCCGUGGUCGCCGUGUGCUGCUGCCGCUGUCUCCGCCCCAAGCAGGAGCUGUCGGGGGGGGCAGGGGGCGGGGGCCGUCUCCUGGAGACCAUCCCCAUGAUGGCCAGCGUGGGCACCUCCAGGGGCUCCUCCUCCCGCCAGUCCAGCACCGCCACCUCCUCCAGCUCCUCGGCCCCGGCGGCGGCCCCCCGGCCCGCCCCCCAGCAGAUGAUGCACGCCCAGGCGUCCUGCUGCGUCCCGGGGGACGGCAGCGUCUUCGUCAACAUGCCCACCAACUUCUCGGUCCUCAACUGCCAGCAGGCCACCCAGAUCAUGCCCCACCAGGGACAGUUCCUCCACCCGCAGUACAUCGGCUACGCCCACCACGCCAUGUCCCCGGCCGCCGCCUACAUGGACCCCAGCCACCAGGGGGUCUACCGCCAGCUGCAGUCCCCCUUCCCCGCGCCCACCAGUGUGGCGAGCAUGGCGGGUGAGCAGCUCAAGCACCCUGCGGUGACGGUGUGAGCGGGGCCACCUCGGACUCAGUGAGCCUCUACACGGGACGUCCCGGCCCGGCCAGAGACCUUGAGGUUGUGGAGGACGUGGAGGACGAGGCCCGGCCUGUGGGGGGGGGGGGGACAGGAGUAGUGUGGAGUCAGGCUCACAUGAAGGACUCUGAAAAGGCUGUGUGUGUGUGUGUGUGUGUGUGUGUGUGUGUGUGUGUGUGUGUGUGUGUGUGUGUGUGUGUGUGUGUGUGUGUGUGUGUGUGUGUGCCCAGUGCUUGUGGUGCAGGACAGAUGCGUGUAUAAUGUGGCUGUCUAAUACACAAAGACACUGCUAUGGCCUGCUGGGUAAUGCAGGGCAGAUGGGUAACACUGCACAUCUUAUUACCCCCUUAAACCCAGUACAGACCCUGUGUGUGUGAACGUGUGUAUGUGUGUGGUUUUGUGUAUGCGUGCGCACGUAUGCGUUUGUGAGUUUGUGUGUGUAUAAGUGUGUAGUGCGGGAAAGAGAGACAGUAAAUGGAAAGAUGAAAUAUGUGAGCCAAUGUGUGUAGACACAGAGAUGACUAAUGGUGGGCCCGCCGUACAAUGAGGGGAUACGGGGGGAGAGAGAGAGAUCACACACGCGCUGUGUGUCCCACGCGCACAUCUGCGCUAUGAAUGAAUGGGGAAUGCAUCACGCUCUAUUGGAUGGGCUCUAGGUGCCAUGUAUCAGGGUGUGUGUUUGUGUGUGUGUACUGUACAUGUGAGUGGGGAACAACUUGUGUGUGUGUGCGUGCGAGUGUGAAUGAGUAACACAGCUGGUGUGAUGGUAAAGUCUGUCUCCUCUCCCUGUGGAGCCGUUCUGACCGAUGAAGUGAACAGGGCAGGAGAGUGUGACAGAAAUGCCUCCUCCUACACACACACACACACACACACACACACACACACAGACACACACACCUCACCUUAACUACUGCUAUCCCAAUCAUGAAUACACACACACACAAACACACACAUUUACACUUAAGAGAAACCAUGGAAUGAAAACAUACUCUCAUAAGGCUGGCAGUAAAUGUACAUUUGAGGUGUGAGAGUGUUUGGGGAGAGAGAGAGAGAGAGAGAGAGAGAGAGAGAGAGAGAGAGAGAGAGAGAGAGAGAGAGAGAGAGAAAGACAGCGAUAGAGCAAGCAAGUCAUGAAUGGAAAGAAAGAGCAUUUUCCUAUGUAUCUGCGAGUGACAGCCCUCGGAAGAUUGCAAAUUGAAUUAUGCCGUUCAACAUUUGCCAACCGUCUCCCUUCAGUUGUUCCUCAUGCGAGGGGCUUGUGGGAAAGGACUGAUCGCUGGCAUGGUAUCGGAGGCCAUUUUGGAUCAGUCAUUUCCAGCUUAAAUCAGUGAUUAUCCUAAAAACGACACUGAAAGAUGCCUUGGUAUCGGCCUGUUAAUCUUGUGUCUUUUUUAAAUGUUUGGGAGCAUUUUGUGGUGGUUUUACCGUUGCCUCUGUGGCGGUCUGCUGGUAACUGAGCUUCAGGAAUGUACCGGGCCAUUACACUUACAGUCUGAUGGCUUACAGCUCAGAAAUCAAUAUGUCCGUUGUGCCUUCUCCUUCCUUUUAACAGCCAGCAAAUUGUAAUAUACAUUUCUUUGCCAAACAAAUAUAAAAUGGAGAAUUUUUUGAGGUCAAAAUGUGAUUCUGUCCUUGAGGGAUCCCAGGUAUUUUGUUGCCAUUUUUCAUAUGAAUCCUGAAACAAUAAAGAAGUAUAAAACAUUA